UGAUUUGUUUGUAGCUUGUUGUUCUUUUGAUGAAAACGUCGCUUCCAACUUACGUCACGAUAAUAAUCAAAAGGAAUUAUAGAUAUUUUAAAAUUUAUUUGAAUCAUAAAAGUGUAUAACAAACAUAAACAGUCGCAUUCGAUAUACAGUAAGAGAGGCCCAAAAACUGUCCCAAUUGUACAAAACGAAAUGUAUUGCUCUUGUAAAGGUUGCGCUCAUUUUAGUUGUUUUUGUUUUGUAUCGAACAUUCAGAGCGAGAAUGUUUAAAUCGAGUGGAAAAUGAAAUAGAAACGAGUCAACCAAAUGGGUAAAUUUCAAACAUAAAAGAGUGGUUCUAAGCUCAAUCGAUUUUUAUAUGCGUGCCAAAAAAUACCAAAAAUAAACAUAACCGAUUUGAGUACUUGUAGCAUGUGUAUGCUUUUACCACACACUUGUUUUGGUUUUUGUCAUAAUAUAUUUUUUUGGCUAUAGUCUGAGUAUUUAUAAUUUGAAGUACAUUGUAACGAGUCUGACAUUCCAUUUUCUCGUUCUAAAUCACCAAUUAUCCAUGUAUGAUGUCGCGUUCGGGGAGGACGGUUAAGCUUCUGUAUAUGUUUGUGUAUAUGUGUGUGUGUGUGGGUUUGAUACUUUUAUGCGAAAUAAUUAAUACUGAUGUGGUAUUGAAUGUAAUGAACCAAGUGAAAAGUCAAUUGUUGCAAGACAUCGUUAAAAAUUAUCUACCUUAAUAGUAUUUUUAUAAUUAUCUACUAAUAAAUAUUGUUCAUUUUCUAUUUCGCAUUGUUAAUUAAUUACCAUACGAUGGUUGUGAAGCAAGAAUAAAAAUCAAACAAAGAAGAAGUUUUCCAACCGAAAGUCAACGUGAAAUUGAUAACAGUGUGCAGAAUAUGAAGAGUGUCUAUAAUAAUUCAUUGUAAUAAAGGAUGUUGUGUGUCCUUCAAUCGUACCAUCGAAUUCAAUAGUAGAACACUUCAAAAACACACACACACACAAACACAAAAAGCUCAUUUCGUUUAGCGAAAUGACUCGCGAUAAUAACGAAAUACCAGCCAUUUUUAAUCCGAAACGUGUACGAGCUCCUUCAGUAGUUGUUACAAAUGAUUCGCCAAAUGGUUCAUUUGCUGGCGGCGGAUUUACCAAUAUUCUUCAUUCAAGCAAUCCACAAAUCUCACGUUCCGAUUCGAUAAGUCAACCCAACGAGAGAAACACCGAUGGUAAUCAAAAUACAAACGCUACAACUACAAUGACAAUGACAAUGACAACAACUACCACAACGACGGCUGUUGCAGUAACGACGGCAGCCUCAGCAAAUAACAAUAAUACAACAACAGUCACCACCAGCAAUACGCCGUUGGCGAUUGGCAAUGAUGUGAAUUCGAGAAAAUUGGCAAAAUGUAAGGACUCCUGUUGUUCCGAACUCGCUCAAAAGAUGUAUUUUGGUGUAUGCGUGACAAUUUUGGUAACGGCAAGCUGGGUUGGUGCAACACAUUGUAUCAAAUUUUUGUAUGUGUAUCAAAAUUCAUCGCAAUAUUCGUCGGUCACAUCGCCAUCGGUGAUUUCAACACACGAUAAUUUUUUUUAUGGUGCUAACUUCGAAAAUGAUACAAACGAUAUAUUUCAAAUAUCGGCCACCAUACCGAAAAUGUCAUCGGUGACAACGAACAGCGGAAAACGUUAUACGGAAUCUGAAUUUAAUGCACCAUUUUUUGCAUCAUGGUUUUGCACGAAUUUUGUGCUAUUGUUUUAUCCAAUAUUCUUAGUUGGACGAUUGAUGACAAACAAUUGCAACGAAAGUCCUGGCGAAAUUUUUGGUAACAUAUUGCGGGGUUUUCGUGAUCGUGGUUUUACACUUGGACGAUUCUUCAAUCGUUGCAUUGUGUUUUGUUUAUUGUGGUUGAUCACAACCUAUUUAUACAUGUUAUCGCUACGACCAUUGUUAGCUACAGACGCGAUGUCGCUGUUUGCCACAAAUGUAGCCAGUGCGUAUCUAUUGUCAUGGGUUAUUCUGCACGAACAGUUUGUCGGUAUACGGAUUGUUGCUGUUAUUUUGUGUGAUACAGGUAUUGCGCUAUUGGCUUAUAUGGAUGGCAUAACUGGUAGCCCAACAUUGGGUGGCGUUGUUUUGGCCACAAUUUCUGGUGCUGCAUAUGCAGUGUUCAAAGUGAUGUUUCGGAAAGUUAUUGGCGAUCCGCCAGUGCCAAUGAUCGCAUUCGCGUUUACAAUAAUAGGUUUAAUCAAUUUAACACUAUGUUGGCCGAUACCAUUGGGUCUGUAUUUAAGCGGUACGGAAGUGAUGCCGAUGGAAAGUUUAUUCUGGAUUGAUUUGUUAAUUGCAAGCAUUUUAAUGUUGAUGUUCCAUAUUUUGACACAAUUCAGUGCAGCUGUUACCUAUAGCAUGUUUGUUACUCUGGGAUUAAUUACAAGUGUUCCAGUUUCAGCGGCGCUCGAUAUUGUUUUGUAUGGUGCAAAUUUUGCUGGCAUGAAAUUAGCCGGAGUGAUUUUAAUAGCAAUUGGAUUCUUUCUAGUUAUGUUUCCAAAUAAUUGGCCGGAUUAUAUAACUCGUUUGCUCAGAAAAACUGUUCGUGCAACUCUCCGUAAUCAGUGUUGUUGUGAAUUUGACGGUUUCUAUCAUUCGAAAUAUCAUUCUACUCGGCCACAGUGCGAGGCAUAAAAAUGUAUUCAAAGCCGACCAACGUUUUGUAGACGAAAUAUUGGUGUAGCAUCGCCGACGUUUAUACGAUAAUAUGUACAACGGAGAACAACGAAAAAUUCAAACAAGAUUUUGUUUUAAUGUUUAAAAACAUUUACGAAAAUCACUAUAGUCGGAAUGAAAUUGCAGUGGGCACAUAAAUUCCAAAUUUCAAAUUUCAACUGAGUUUGUGAUGGAACAAAUUAUACAUCUCUUUUUAUUAAAUAAAAAGCACACACAAAAUAGAUUCAACUGUUCCGCCCAAAAAAAAAAAAA